UUUCUUUCCGCAAGAUUACAUUCAUAUCAAACCAACAGAUACUAUUAUUCAUAUUUCCAGUAAUUAAGAACUAGAAGAGUAGAAAUUUUUUGUAAUCGUGCUAUCGUACACGUGAUUUCAGCUACAUCGGGAUUCUGGAGUCGUUCAUUGGCUGUAUCCCAAGGCGGAGACACAUUCUGCUGAGAGCGAGCUGUGAGAUAUUUGGCGGCAACAUUUUACAUGGUGGUAGACAUCCGAACACAAAACCUUUGCCUUCUCUGAUUUUUCAACAUGGCAGCUCAAGUUACGCCGGAGUUGGCAAAUCUUAACUCCAAACCUGAAGGUGGGGCUCCUCCGAAGCAAGUUCCAGUGAAAGAUGUCCCCGAGAACGAAGAUGUAGAGUCGGACGACGAUAAUGAGGGUGAUCAGGGAGCAGGUGAACCCGGAAGUACGGGAGCCGCAAAGAAAAAAAAGAAGAAGAAGCCAAAGAAGAAGAAGAAGGGCGGCCCAAAGGUGCAAACCGAGCCUCCCCGCGUCAUUCUCUCGAGCAUAUUCCCCAACAAUGACUAUCCCGUGGGCGAGCUUGUCGAGUACAAAGACGACAAUGCCUACCGUACUACCAACGAGGAGAAGAGAUAUCUUGACCGCAUGAAUAAUGAUUUCCUCUCAGAAUACCGCUAUGCGGCAGAAGUGCACAGACAGGUGCGCCAAUAUGCACAGAAAACCAUCAAGCCAGGCCAGACUUUGACGGAAAUCGCUGAGGGGAUCGAGGACAGUGUGCGCGCACUCACCGGCCACGACGGGUUGACAGAAGGAGAUAAUCUGCUAGGCGGAAUUGCAUUCCCAACCGGUGUUAACCUCAAUCAUUGCGCAGCACAUUACUCCCCCAAUGCUGGUAAUAAGAUGGUCCUUCAAUACGAAGAUGUGAUGAAGGUUGAUUUUGGCGUUCAUAUCAAUGGCAGAAUUGUGGAUAGCGCUUUUACUGUUGCGUUCGAUCCGGUUUAUGAUAAUUUACUGGCUGCUGUUAAAGAUGCUACGAAUACAGGAAUUAGGGAAGCCGGUAUUGACGUCCGCAUGAGCGAUAUUGGCGCGGCGAUCCAGGAAACCAUGGAAAGUUAUGAAGUCGAGAUUAAAGGAACCACAUAUCCCGUCAAACCCAUUCGAAACCUUAAUGGACAUACAAUUGGCCAAUUCGAGAUCCAUGGCGGCAAGAAUGGGAAGAGCGUUCCGAUUGUCAAAGGAGGGGAUCAAUCCAAGAUGGAGGAGGGCGAAGUUUAUGCCAUCGAAACAUUUGGUAGCACUGGAAGGGGAUAUGUGAGAGAUGAUAUGGAAACCUCACACUAUGCUAAGGUUCCUGAUGCUCCCAAUGUUCCUCUCCGCCUGUCGUCUGCGAAGAACCUUUUGAACGUCAUCACAAAGAAUUUUGGCACUUUGCCUUUCUGUCGGCGGUACCUUGACCGACUUGGACAAGAUAAAUACCUUCUUGGACUAAAUAACUUGGUUGCCAAUGGAAUCGUCGACGCAUAUCCACCACUUUGCGACAUAAAGGGAUCAUACACUGCCCAAUUUGAACACACUAUCUUACUUCGACCGAACAUCAAAGAGGUCAUCAGCCGGGGGUAUGAUUACUAGAGUUUCUGGUUCUUCUUUGUUAUAUAUCUACGUUGAUGCUUUUCCCGAAUAUGCCUAGUUUUAUGACAGUAUAGCAGCAAGAUGGAAAUAGAAUAAUGCCUUUUUUCUGUCCUCUUUUUAUCCACCUUCGUGCCGAACCGAAAUUUUUGUAGUUACUGGGUGGGUCUAGGAGGGAAGUAGGAGAGAAUUAAUAAAAAUGAAUGGCUAAGGAAGCACACUGCAUUUUAUCUAAUUCACAUAGUUGCCCGAGGCGGUGAAGAUUGCGCUCGAGGUACGGAGUUAAUCCAUACAUAUAACGACAUGGCGGAACCCCUUUUAAGGCUUUUAAGGUUAUCUUAUCUGAUCCGGU